CACCCCGGAUUGGACCCUGUUCAAGCAGAUGCGGGGUGCGUCAUCGGCAAAUUUGCAGCCGUCCGUGCCCUUGCGCGUGUGACCGGCCCAUUUUGGCCACGGGGGGUCGUAUAAGAUGGCCUGCCAUCAUCCGAAGGGUAUGGCAUGAUCAUUGUCUGAUCACGUAUCAGACAACUGCAAAUAUAUUGAAUUUCAUCAACACCAAUGACCGAGUCCAAGUGUCCAUUCCACCAGCGCGGAUCCAACGCCAACAUCGGCGGUGGAGGCACUCGCAAUACCGACUGGUGGCCUGAUCAGUUGAGAUUGGAUAUUCUUCGCCAGCACUCGGCUGCUUCGAACCCUCUCGCUCCGGACUUUGAUUACACUGCCGCCUUCAAUAGCCUCGACUACUAUGCCGUGAAGAAAGACCUCAAUGAUUUGAUGACCGACUCUCAAGACUGGUGGCCUGCGGAUUUCGGUCACUAUGGAGGUUUGUUCAUCCGGAUGGCGUGGCACAGUGCCGGAACCUACCGGGUCUUUGAUGGCCGUGGGGGUGGUGGUCAAGGUCAGCAACGGUUCGCUCCUCUCAACAGCUGGCCCGACAAUGCGAGUCUGGACAAGGCCCGUCGUCUGCUGUGGCCCAUAAAGCAGAAGUACGGCGCCAAGAUUUCCUGGGCAGACUUGAUGCUGCUGGCAGGCAAUGUGGCCCUCGAGUCUAUGGGCUUCAAGACCUUUGGCUUCUCGGGUGGUCGUGCCGAUACAUGGGAGGCCGAUGAGUCGGUAUACUGGGGUGGAGAGAGAACUUGGAUGGGUAACGACGUCCGCUAUGCCGAUGGCUUUCCAGGAGUCACCAAGCACGGUGCCAUCGACACGGACGAGCCACCCCAUCUCAACAUCCAUACCCGCGAGCUAGAGAAGCCGCUGGCUGCAUCGCACAUGGGUUUGAUCUAUGUCAACCCCGAAGGCCCGGAUGGCAACCCGGAUCCGGUCGCAGCGGCGCGAGAUAUUCGCACCACCUUUGGUCGCAUGGGCAUGAACGACGAGGAGACAGUCGCUUUGAUUGCUGGUGGCCACAGCUUCGGCAAGACACACGGCGCUGCCCCUUCUGACAAUGUCGACGCCGAACCUGCUGCGGCUGAUCUAGAGGCCCAAGGAUUGGGCUGGAACAACAACUACGAGAGCGGCAGGGGUCGUCAUGCUAUUACCAGUGGUCUGGAAGUCACCUGGACCAAGACUCCCACCCAGUGGAGUCAUGGAUUCCUCGAGUAUCUGUUCCGCUUUGACUGGGAACUGACCAAGAGUCCGGCGGGGGCCAAUCAGUGGCAGGCCAAGGAGGCAGAUGAUAUCAUUCCCGAUGCUUAUGACUCUUCGAAGCGACACAAGCCCAAGAUGCUGACCACCGAUCUCUCUCUGCGUUACGAUCCGAUCUACGAGAAGAUCUCGCGCCGCUUCCUGGAACAUCCGGAUCAAUUUGCCGACGCCUUUUCCCGCGCGUGGUUCAAGCUCCUUCAUCGCGACAUGGGACCUCGGACUCGAUACAUUGGCCCGGAGGCGCCAUCUGAGGACUUGUUGUGGCAGGAUCCCAUUCCGGCAGUCGAUCAUCCUCUGGUGGAUGAAGCCGACAUUGCCAACCUGAAGCGCACCAUCCUGGCCACCGGGGUGGAUGGGUCCAAGUUUGUGUCCACUGCCUGGGCAUCUGCAUCGACCUUCCGCGGGACCGACAAACGAGGCGGUGCCAACGGGGCUCGCAUUCGCUUGGCGCCACAGCGCCAGUGGGAGAUUAACAAUCAGCCGUGGCUGGAAGAGACUUUGUCGAUUCUCGGAGCUAUCCAGAAGGACUUUAACAAUGCCUCGGCGGGAAAGAAGAUUUCUCUGGCCGAUCUGAUCGUCCUGGCUGGUUGCGCUGCGGUGGAAAAGGCUGCUCAGGAUGCCGGCCACUCCAUCACCGUUCCGUUCACACCCGGCCGAAUGGACGCUUCGCAAGAGCAGACCGACGUGGAAUCCGCCUCUCACCUGGAACCGGUAGCUGAUGGGUUCCGGAGCUAUGGAUGUUCCACGGCACGGGUGCGCGCGGAGAAAUAUCUCGUGGACAAGGCGCACCUGUUGACAUUGACUGCGCCCGAGAUGACUGUCCUGGUGGGUGGUCUGCGCGUGCUGAACACCAACUACGAUGGGUCGUCUCAUGGUGUAUUCACCUCCACCCCUGGACGUCUGACCAAUGACUUUUUCGUGAACCUUCUGGACAUGCGCACGGCUUGGAAGGCGAAGGAUGGAGACCGCGAUGUAUACGAGGGAACCGAUCGUAAGACGGGCGAGAAGAAGUGGACGGCGACACGCGCGGACCUGGUCUUUGGAUCUCACGCAGAGCUGCGUGCGGUCGCAGAGGUUUAUGGCAGUGUUGAUGGGCAGGAAAGGUUUGUCCAGGACUUUGUGGCGGCGUGGGAUAAGGUGAUGAACUUGGAUCGGUUUGAUCUGAAGGCUUGAUGGUGUUUGCAUGAUUUUAGUGAUGUAUAUUUUUAAUGAUGUAAUCAAUGAAUUUCAACAAUGAUCAAGGUGGUGCCAGGGUUACCUGGCUAACGACAUGUUCCUUCGGUCGAGUGGCUUGACAAUUCACGAGCAGAGAUAAUACGAGCAGAACUUCCAACAGGCUCUGAAGUUGCACAGAAAUGCAACUUCCCGAGGAGUGACUUGUCUCCGGCAGGUUUUCAUCCGUCUUAUAUGCCAUCUCUCGUGAGACGACAUACCCACGAUCCACUGCUCUUAUCCCAAUGACAACCUCAUCAUGCGUCUUCAGGGUAUUCUCCUCUCGGCUGCCCUCGCAGCAGCCUCACUCGCCGACGUGGACGUCGCCAUCAUCGGCGCCGGCUUAUCCGGCCUGUCAGCCGCCAAAGACCUCGCCGC